AUGGCCCAUUUGGGCGCGGUGACAACCACGGCCGGAUCCGACACCGUCAACGUGGUGGAGCAGGCUGUCAGCCUCUUCUACUCUACCUUCAACCAGCACACCAACGUCCCGCGCGAGGCUUUGACCAUCGCCGCCGCACCCGGACGCGUAAACCUCAUCGGCGAACACACAGACUACAACGACGGCUUCGUGUGUCCAUUGGCACUGGACAAGACGACGGUAGUGGUGGGUGUACGCGCACCCGCCGAGUCUGCGUCCAUCACCAAGUUGGCGUCAGCGAGCUUCCCCAACCAGCUGCUCGAGUUCCCGGCCAACAGCACGGAGCAACUGGACAAGACGCAGCCAUCGUGGGGCAACUACCCCAAAGGUGUGACGGCUAAAUAUCUUAUGCAUUUGAGCCGCAAGGAGCCUCUCGGCGUGCACGCUGCCAUCGUGAGCACCGUGCCAUUCGGUAGCGGGUUGAGCAGCUCUGCAGCGCUGGAG